AUGGCGAAAAAGAGUUCCCAGGAAAAGAACACACAGACUGUUCCCCACGGCUAUCUUGCACCUGAGGCCGUCGAGUGGGAAUUUGGUGGCCCGAUCGGUGCCUUUGGCAUGAUGACGGGCUUCCCUCUUUUGAUGAUCUAUAUGUGGAUCAGUGCUGAAUUCUAUAAUGGAAAGCCAGCAUGGCCCACUAAGGGCCAGAGCUGGGAAGACUUUCUUUUGUUGCUCUGGAAAUUGUUUGUGGCCCAUGGUGUGCCUUCAUUUACUUCGUGGGCGCUCUUCACCACUUUCUUCGCUGUGCAAGCCAUCUUCUACUUGACCUUGCCUGGUGUUUGGACUAAGGGUCAGCCAUUGGCUCACUUGAAGAACAAGCAAUUGCCUUACUACUGCAACGCCGUUUAUGCUUUCUACGUUACAAAUUUUGUCGUGUUGGGAUUGCACGCUGCUGGCUACAAGUUGUACUACAUCAUUGACCACUUUGGUGAAAUCAUGGUGACUGCAAUUGGCUAUGGUCUUUUCUUCUCUGUGGCCUUGUACCUUUACUGUCUUUUUGUCUCCAAGGACUACCACAGAAUGACGGGCAACCACAUCUACGACUGCUUCAUGGGUGCACCAUUAAACCCAAGAAUCGGCAAGUACUUGGACUUGAAGAUGUUCUUCGAGGUGAGAAUUCCAUGGUUUACCUUAUACUUCCUCUCCCUUGCCACCGCCUUGAAGCAGUUGGACACCUACGGCUACGUCUCAACUCAGGUUGUUUUCGUUGUUUACGCUCAUUGGCUCUAUGCCAACGCCUGCUCCAAGGGUGAAGAAUUGAUCGUUCCAACCUGGGACAUGGCUUAUGAGAAGUUUGGUUUUAUGUUGAUUUUCUGGAACAUCGCUGGUGUGCCAUACACUUACUGUCACUGUACUUUGUACCUUGCCCACCACGACCCAUCUGAGUACAACUGGUCCCUCCCAUACAACGUUGCCUUGUUCGCCAUUUUGACUGUUGCUUACUUUUUCUUCGACACUGGUAACAGACAGAAGAACAGUUUCAGAAGAAUCAUGGCCGGUAACAGUUCGCUUAGAAAAACCUUCCCUUACUUGCCUUGCUCCGACCUCGAGAACCCUAGCUACAUUAAGUGUGCCAAUGGUUCUCUUUUGUUGACUGACGGUUGGUACAAGUACGCUCGUAAAGCACACUACACUGCCGACUACACCAUGGCUCUCACCUGGGGUGCUAUUUGUGGAUUCGGCUCACCAUUCCCAUGGUUCUUCCCUGUUUUCUUCUUCAUCGUGUUGAUUCACAGAGCUUUGAGAGAUCAGAGAAAGUGUGCUAAGAAGUAUGGUGCUGACUGGGACAGAUACCUUGAGGCUUGUCCAUAUAUGUUCAUCCCAUAUGUUAUUUAA